CGGCGUGGCCGCGCCUCCCCCAUCCACCCUCACCCCCCUCCAACGGCCGCCAACGGCCGCUCGCGCGCCCGGCCCGGCUUCGGCAACGGCGGCGGCGGCGGCGGCGAUGUCGAGGAGCUCCCGGGCGGUGCUGGCCGUCACCGCGCUCCUCUCCGCCGCCACCGUGGCGGCCGUGCACGUCCAGCAGCGGCGGGAGCAGGAGAGGCUGCACAGAGGAGUUCUCAGAGAUCUGGAGCGACAACAUCAGAAGAAGGAGAAUAUUCGCCUGUUGGAAGAGCAGAUUGCUUUGACAAAGCAGCUUAAGGAAGAGAGAGACAAGAUGCUCAUGGAGAAGGGCUCCCAGCAGUCCUAGGCAGGACCUGAGGCAUUUGAGGUUUGACUAAAGGCGUUU